AUGCGGCUCUUCUUGCUUUUGGUUGUUGUGACUGCCGUCCAAUCAGGCCCCGAAACAAAGAAAGGACGUGGCUUCUGUCAAUCGGAGGAGCUGAUUGAGAUCCACAGGCCCUGCACCUCCUGCGCCGUUCACUCUGCCUCCCUCCUCACCUCCUGUGGUCCUCCUCUCUCCUGUGGUCCUCCUCUCUUCUGUGGCCCUCCUCUCCUCUGGUUCUCCUCUCCUCCUUUGGUCCUCCUCUCUCAUGUGGUCCUCCUCUCUCCUGUGGUCCUCCUCUCUCCUGUGGUCCUCCUCUCUCAUGUGGUCCUCCUCUCUCAUGUGGUCCUCCUCUCUCCUGUGGUCCUCCUCUCUUCUGUGGCCCUCCUCUCCUCUGGUCCCCCUCUAUCCCGUGGUCCUCCUUCCCCUUUGGUUCUCCUCUCCUCCUUUGGUCCUCCUCUCUCAUGUGGUCCUCCUCUCUCCUAUAUUUCUCUGGGCGGUACGGUGGCUGAGUGGAUAGCACUCAUGCCUCCUCCUCUGCUCCUCCUCCUCUCUUCCUCUGGUCCUCCUCUCCUCUGGUCCUCCUCUCUCCUCCUCUGGUCCUCAUCUCCUCCUCUGGUCUUCCUCUCUCCUCCUCUGGUCCUCCUCUCUCCUCCUCUGGUCCUCAUCUCCUCCUCUGGUCCUCAUCUCCUCCUCUGCUCCUCCUCCACUCCUCCUCUGGUCCUCCUCUCUCCUCUGGUCCUCCUCUCCUCUGGUCCUCUCUCCUCCUCUGGGCCUCCUCCUCCUCUGGUCCUCCUCUCCUCUGGUCCUCCUCUCUCCUCCUCUGGUCCUCCUCUCUCCUCCUCUGGUUCUCAUCUCCUCCUCUGGUCCUCCUCUGGUCCUCCUCUCUCCUCUGGUCCUCCUCUCUCCUCCUCUGGUCCUCCUCUCUCCUCCUCUGGUUCUCAUCUCCUCCUCUGGUUCUCAUCUCCUCCUCUGGUUCUCAUCUCCUCCUCUGGUCCUCCUCUCUCCUCCUCUGGUCCUCCUCUCUCCUCCUCUGGUCCUCCUCUCUCCUCCUCUGGUCCUCCUCUCUCCUCCUCUGGUCCUCCUCUCUCCUCCUCUGGUCCUCCUCUCUCCUCCUCUGGUCCUCCUCUCUCCUCCUCUGGUCCUCCUCUCUCCUCCUCUGGUCCUCCUCUCUCCUCCUCUGGUCCUCCUCUCUCCUCUGGUGUGUGCAGGUACUAUGUGUCCAUUGGGGGCCGUGAGCUGGAGCUUUCUGGCUGCAGUACAAUCUGUGGGCGCCGCAACUUCAGGUCCAAGUGCUGUCCUCAGUUCUGGGGCCCUCUCUGUCUCGCUUGUCCAAGUUGGUCUGGAAAAACAUGUAACUACAGAGGCUCAUGUUCUGAUGGAGAGACUGGAAAUGGGACGUGCAUCUGUGACGAUAAAUUCUCUGGUUUCGCUUGUAAUGAGUGCAAAAACCCAAACGCAUACGGAGUGAACUGUGACAAAGAAUGUGACUGUAACCGUGGCGUCUGUAACAAGGGCCCAGAGGGAGAUGGACAGUGCUUCUGCCAGCCUCCGUUCACGGGCAAACGCUGCGACCAACUGAGCUCGGGUUGCCGCUCCUGCCCCCCGUACUCCUUCUGCAGAGGGGAUGGAGACGCAGCUGUGUGUGACUGUCUGCCCGGACACAGAAAAACCUCUCAGGGAAAAUGUGCAAGUGAGUAA